AAAUGUAAGCAGUGAACCAGGACGAAAACCGCUAUAGCUGAUCUACUGUCAUCGACUAUUGCCAUUUCAUUGCACUGGCAGGAAAGAAGACUAGAGAGUAUCGAGCAAAAACUAUCCGCAGCGCACAGUGAACAAAUUGUAUUAAACGAGUGUUUAGCGCCAGAAUAUUUUCGUGGCGUUGAGAAGUCUUUUCCUCGAAAGGUAUUUGGUUCAUCAGCCAAGACGGCGCUCGAUAUUCUCAGCUCCACAACGGCGUUGCAAAGACAGCAGCAGCUUCUCGCCUUGGCUAGAAGCAACGCCAGCAGCUGUACGCCUUCCUUACGACAUCACGCCCUCGCCAUCGAAAGCGAGGACCGAAUCUCACGAGUUGUGAGGCUCGACAAUAUCGCCAAAAUGGGAAGGUCCAGAUCGCGUAGUAAAUCUCCUAGCCGUAGACGUCACAAGAGUAAACACUCACACAAACAUCGAUCCAAGUCCCGUGAAAAACGAUCUAGCAGCAAGUACAGCGACAAACCCAGAGAAAAAAGCUCAAAAUCGAGGAAACGAUCCCAUUCUGCCUCAUCCAGUAGUACUUCUGAUAUAUCAGAUGAUGUUCACAUUGUCACACAUAAAAAACGUUCCUACAGAGAUAGGGAGCGAAAAAUGGAUGAAGUUGAAAGACUGGCAGAAAUGGAAAGACAAAGGGGCUUUUUUAGGCGACAACGAGAGGUAGAGCAAAAAAUAGUAGAAGAAGAAGCAGCCAAAAGAAUAGAAGAGCUCGUGCAAAAACGGGUGGAAGAAGAACUUGAAAAAAGAAAAGAAGAAAUUGAAACUGAAGUUCAAAGGCGAGUUGAAGAGGCUAAAAGAGCCAUGGAACGACAAAUGAUGGAGGAGAUGGAAUGGCGACAAGCUAAAUUACGAGAAGAGGAAAAGAGAAGAGAGGAAGAAGAGCGGAAAAAACGUGAGGAACUUGAGAGGAUCAUGGAGGAAAACAACAGAAAGAUUGAAGAGGCCCAGAAGAAAUUGGCUGAGGAAAGACUUGCCAUGGUCGAAGAGCAACGGCUCAUGGAGGAAGAAAGACAGAAAAUGCGAAAAGAACAUGAAAAACGAGUCAAGGAAGAACAAAAGAAAAUUCUUGGUAAAAACAACUCCAGACCGAAGCUCUCUUUUUCGCUUAAACCAGUAACGUGAGUGUAUUCAAUCGGUGUAGUUUCUAAUGUGAUAUUUUCGCUAUCUUUCGAAAUGGUUCGAUGGCAUGAUCCUCUGAUUUAAAAAACCGUGUUUUGAAACUUUGAAAAAUCUUCAAAUCAAAGCGAACAUUUUAAUACAUUAAUUAAAUGUAAAUUGAUGAUGUCAACAAUCCUUUUAUAAGAUUUUUUGAAGUUCUUAAAACUGGUGCUGUUGUUAAAUUUUUCCGAAAUACUCUCCAGCUUUGAAGGGAGUAUAUAGUCUCUUUUUAUUAGUCUAGCAAUUAAGGAUCGAAUUGUAUAAAAACGCGUUUUAUUCGUAUAGGUAUAUUAUUUUCAGUUUAUUUAUCGUUUUUUAAGCUUGAAGAUAAUUUCUUUUUUUGAGCUGGACUGAGUGCGGAAUAGGAAUUGCGAUAAAGCGUAUUAAAAUUUGAAACUUCAGUGAAAAGUGUUAUCAGUAAAAAAUAUAGAAUAAUUUUAGAAAGCCGUCUUAACUGUCAACAGCAUUUUUCUAUGCAUAAUAAAACUAUUACUUUUUUAAUUCGAGUGUACUCAUUUACACACAAAAAAAGUUUAUUGUAAAAACUCCAAAAUAAGUUCCAGAAGAUUGAUCAAACGUUUAUUGACUAUUGUAUUACUUUGAUGUAAUCCUGUACAAUAAAAAAUGUUUGUUUUCCUCAAAAAAUGUUAUUUAUACUAUAUCCGUAUACCUUGUUUCGUAUUCAAUAAAAAUGUCCAUAAAAAUUUUAUAGUGUAUGUUAUUUGUAGGUAUAUUUAACGAUACAGA